AUGAAGUGGGCCUUUGUUCUGUGUGCCAUGGUGGCACUGUCUGAGUGCUUGGUCAAGAUCCCUCUGGAGAAGGGUAAGACUGCCAGGGAGUUCCUGGAGGAGCAGGGUCUGUGGGAGGACUACAGGCAGAAGUACCCAUACAACCCCAUUUCCAAGUUUGACCAGCGCUUUGCCGUAGCUGGCGAGCCCAUGACCAACGAUGCUGACGUGGCUUACUAUGGAGUCAUCUCCAUCGGAACUCCUCCUCAGUCCUUCAAGGUCAUCUUUGACACCGGCUCCUCCAACCUGUGGGUGCCCUCCGUCUACUGCAGCAGCCCCGCCUGCAACAACCACAAGAGGUUUAACCCCAGCACGAGCAGCACCUACAAAUACAAUGGCACUCCUCUCAAUAUCCAGUAUGGCACCGGCAGCAUGACCGGCUUCCUCGCAUACGACACAGUGACGGUGGGUGGCCUUGCUGUGACAAACCAGAUCAUCGGCUUGAGUAAGAGUGAAGCUCCAUUUAUGCAGUACAUGCGUGCUGAUGGUAUCCUGGGCCUGGCCUACCCUCGCCUGUCUGCCUCCGGCGCCACACCCGUCUUUGACAACAUGAUGAAGGAGGGUCUGGUCAACCAGGACCUCUUCUCCGUGUACCUUAGCUCUAACUCUGAGCAAGGUAGUGUGGUGACCUUCGGUGGUAUCGACUCCAACCACUACUACGGCAGCAUCACCUGGAUUCCCCUCUCCAAUGAGCUGUACUGGCAGAUCACAGUGGACAGUGUUACCGUCAAUGGUCAGGUUGUGGCUUGCAACGGUGGUUGCCAGGCUAUUGUGGACACCGGCACUUCUAUGAUUGUUGGACCUCAGAGCAGCAUCAGCAGCAUCAACAGCUUUGUGGGAGCUAGCAGCCAGAACGGAGACAGUGUUGUAAGCUGCAACAACAUCAGCCAAAUGCCUGAUGUGACCUUCCACAUCCACGGACAGGAAUUCACCCUCCCAGCCUCUGCUUACGUCCGCCAGUCUCAGUACUACGGCUGCCGCACUGGCUUCAGCGGCAGCGGUGACAGCCUGUGGAUCCUGGGUGAUGUCUUCAUUAGACAUUACUUUGCUGUCUUCAGCAGAGCCCAGAAUAUGGUGGGUCUGGCCAGGGCUAGAUAA